ACCAGCUUCCUUGGUAGAAAUUCAUGAGUUCUCACUCCCGAAUCACAAUUAUCAGGCUGCUCGCAAUGACGUGCAAGCGCUUGCUCUGUACGCGAUCGCGACCAAGCUGAGAGGAAAACACCGAUACGAAACGGUAAAACCACCUGCAAGAUACAAGGUCGAUUCUCCAGAAUUCACCGCUAGCACUGCGACCCAUUACCGGUGAAGGAGUCUGACUGACUUGACUGAUGCUCGAAAGCGCAUUCUGUAGCCCGGAACAUGGCCCUUCUCUCAGGAUCACAUGAAUGACCGUUUCGCCGAGAUUGAUGGAAAACGGUCGACUGUGUGUGGGUGCAGAACUGCAUCCUGCAUCCGGCUCUCCGCUCAGGCUACCAUUCAGGUUAGCGGGAUCUGCGCUGCGAAGCACGGCGUGUGACCACACGCUGAGGCCGUCUCCUUCUUCCUCAGGCCGGGCGAUAAUAAUCAAAUUUCAUUUCACUCUCGCUCGUACGGCAGGCAGAUCAUACCCCCGAUGUCAAAUUUUCCCUUCAGGCGGUGCAAGCCUGGUUUGGUGUAAGGAGUGGGGGGUCCACAUGAGGAUGCCCAAACGUACCUCUUCGGUGUCUGCUCUCACAGGUUUCUGCACGAAGAGGAGACCCGGAUGCAAAAAUGGCUCGAUCCUUAACCUGCACCUGGACCGUUGCCCCCGAGACAACAAGGAUGAAAAGAGGCGGAAAAAAUGGGUCCACGAUGCGGAUAUGCGAUUUUGACCAUGUGGGAUGUACCGGCCGGAAGAAAUACGGUACAAAAGAUCCUUGAUCUUACACCUCGAUUGACUGAGAUGAUCUCGAUGAGUCCAGUCGUCCAUGGCAUCGGGACAGCUGAAAUCUCUGCCCGAUGACGAUGCAUGAUGCAAAAAGUACAAAACCGG